AUGCCAAUUGUCAGGCUGCGUGCAGAGUUGUCCGUGCCAACUUCGGAGACGUACCGACACUGUUCAGUGGCCCGGAACGCAUCCACGUGGGUUCCUUCACGGCGCUGGCACGGAGCUGGCACUGACGGCACGCGGACUCUGGAAAGCUGCUUUACCGAACUUCCGCGAAAGGAAAAGCUGGAGCGCUUAAGCAAGACUUCGAUAACGGAUGGUCUACCGUCACGAAGCGGUUGCGAAGGCAAUGGCAGAGCACUUAUUAUCGCUGGAGCACAUGUAGACGCCUACAACCAAAGUUCACUUGCGCACCGCUCGCCUGAGUUCUUAUGCGCCCUUGUCCAAGACUGGACUCUAUGUUGA